GCCUUCUAUUCCGCAAAUAACUGACAGCCCAUCGUCAGGCUCGAGGCUCACCUCUAACGACUAUCUGUGCUCGGCCGGCGGUGGUGCUCACUUCCUGGGAAAUGGCGACGCCGACCUCCGUCUUCAGAUUGAAGUUUAUGCCUGCGGCGACUCUCGUUUUCGUAAAAAAAAUUCCGAUUUCUGAACUGAAAAACUCAGGGAGCUUUACCGGUGCAAAUCAUGUCUGAGCGAACGACUUUUCCGGCGGGAAGUUGAGCAGAGAAAUCGUUCACCAUAGAUUAGAAUUCCGUUCUGGUGAUAUAAAGAAGAUGUUACUUGUUAGUGGACGGUGGACGGUGGAGGGCGGCGGAGCAGAAAUAGGGGGAAAUUAAAAUCUGCGGGACUGUUUGCGUAAUUAGAAGGCAGGAUAGGGGCUGUUUUGAAAAUUAUGCUUUCAUGGGCGGGUUAUCGGAUAAUGGGUGGCGGGGCGCUGGCAGCGGCAGCGACACUCUGAAGGCUGCAAUUCCGGGGAAGGUAACGAGAAUGGAAAUGCUUUUGUUAGUUCCGGCGACGGUGAAUGUGAAUUGCUGGAGUAGGGAGAAGUUUUCGUCGUUGUCGUCAAGUAGAGGCUCGACAAAGCAUUUCUUGAAGCCUGUAAAUUGCGCUGCUUCUUCUUCGCAGGUCCAAGAACAAGGACAGGUUGAUUCAGGGAUUAUGUGCGAACCUUGCAAUGGCCAAGGAUGGUUAGUUUGUGAUUUCUGCAAAGGGCAGAAAACCAAUGUGAAAGCCGAGAACAAGCGAGUCUACCGCCGGUGUCCAUCUUGCAAAGCUGUUGGAUACCUCUUGUGUUCAAAGUGCAAAGUGUUCAAAUGUGUUACCUUUCCGAAUUACAGUGAUGGAGAGGAGCUAUCCUUCUAAUCAACCUGCCUGUCUAUUGCCAUUGCCAAGUGCAAUCCUUGACCAUGCGAAUCUUCUUUAUAUCGUUCCAAUUUAAUCGAACAUCUCAAAAUAAAUCUAAUGUAUGAAUCAUUUGACUCUACUUUUCCCUGCCCUUCUUGUUAUGCCAUUGACCGACUAGGAUGUUCAUCUAAUGAUCACUAAACAAUAUUAAAUAUGCUAACCUUUUGGAUUUUGGUGAACAAUGCUAAUUAAAUUUGUCUCCAUUAGCUGUUAGUCAAUUCUGUAUCAGAAGUUGGUAUGUACAGCUCUGGCAUGAAUUUAGUUCUCUGUGACUGCAAGUCUGGUUUAUUAUUAAUCAUAUAUUAUCAGGAUAAUAAAUUGCCCAUUUGGCAUGAUGAUUGAUUUCGGGUUGUGGCACCGAUAAGGGCAUCGAGAUUUGUCAGGAGAAAUGGUGUGUAUUGAAAUGAUAACAUAUUUGGAAGAAACAGUGAUCUCUUACAAGGACAUCUCUCUCUCUCUCUUUCUCAAACAUUGAAGAAUCGAAGUUAUUGAACUACCUCCCGCAGGAUCUGUCUCUCUCUCUACCAAUUACAUGACCUCAUCCAACAACAUGAAAAAAGUGGAACGAGGGUCACACAAGAAAAAAGGAGGGGAAAAGAAGAAGUGAAAAACAAUGACAUUGUCAAUACAGAAAUCAUCUGCACAUAGGGCUUUGAGGGUGGUGAGCCGGAGCACUGCCCUGCUGCCCCGGCAAUGAACAGUAACCAUACCCUCCUGCUGCACCAUCUUCAAAGUCAAACCUGCAAUCCUGCUGCUGCUGCGUGAAGUAGACAGCACCACCUUUCUUCUCCUCGACGAUCUUCACCACGCUCUCGAACACCGAGACCUCGCAAGGGAUCCUCAGGACCCCGGCCUGCUGGAACCCGAACUCCUCCUCUGCCUCCCUCAGCAGGAUGUGGAAUGCAGGGUGGCUCAGGUACUCCGUCGGGAUCGUGAACCGCUUCUGCUCCAGCCCGACGCUGAUCGCCAGGUAACCCUUCGGCACUGUGCCAUCGUCGCUGCUGCUUCUCUCUGACAAUGACAGAGUUCUCUUCAGGAACUUUAUGCUCUUGCUGCCGCUGCUGCUGUUGGUGGUGGUUGUAGGCGAACCGGUGAUGGUGGUGGUGGUGGUGGUGGUGAUGGAGGUGGGCUUGGAUGAGUUGGCAACCUUUCUCCAUUUCUUCAGGAUUUGUUGCAGCCUGACGAUUUCUCUGAUCUUGUUGGACUUCUUGCACUCCAUUUUCUUCUUCAGGUUGGUGAAAGAAGGCUUGCUGGGGGGAAAGGGAGCUGCUUUCUUUGUUUUUGAGGGUUUGGUGUAACAAUGGGAGCUGUGUACUUAUAGGCAUGGAGGUGAGGCUUCAGAAUUCUAAUUUGUUUCCCGUUUUUUUUAAAAAAUCCUAUGCAUAAUAUAUUUGUUCAUACUAACUGUAUAUAGCUCAAUAUAAUAUACAGGCUUGAAGAAGUCAUCACCCACUGCCAGAGAGAAGGCUGGCUGUAGGGUUGUUUUUUCUUUUUAAGUUGGUCAAGAAAUAAAUAAACAAGAAUGUCGACGAAUUUAAAUCAAAUGCGCAACGACGUGAACUGGGCACGGUGUGUUCACAAGCUGAAUU